CCGGGCUCCCCGGCCAUGUCUCCCGCCCGGCUCCGGCCCCGGCUGCGCCUCUGCCCGCUGCUGCUGCCGCCGCUGCUGCUGCUGCUGCUGGUGCUGCUGCUGGUGCCCGCGGCGCGGGGUUGCGGGCCGGGCCGGGUGGUGGGCAGCCGGCGGCGGCCGCCGCGCAAGCUCGUGCCCCUCGCCUAUAAGCAGUUCAGCCCCAACGUGCCCGAGAAGACCCUGGGCGCCAGCGGGCGCUAUGAAGGCAAGAUCGCGCGCAGCUCGGAGCGCUUCAAGGAGCUCACCCCCAACUACAACCCCGACAUCAUCUUCAAGGACGAGGAGAACACCGGCGCCGACCGCCUCAUGACCCAGCGCUGCAAGGACCGCCUGAACUCGCUGGCCAUCUCGGUGAUGAACCAGUGGCCCGGCGUGAAGCUGCGGGUGACCGAGGGCUGGGACGAGGACGGUCACCACUCGGAGGAGUCGCUGCACUACGAGGGCCGCGCGGUAGACAUCACCACGUCGGACCGCGACCGCAAUAAGUACGGACUGCUGGCGCGCCUGGCGGUGGAGGCCGGCUUCGACUGGGUCUAUUACGAGUCCAAAGCCCACGUGCAUUGCUCCGUCAAGUCCGAGCAUUCCGCGGCCGCCAAGACGGGCGGCUGCUUCCCCGCGGGCGCGCAGGUGCGGCUGGAGAGCGGGCAGCGCGUGGCCCUGUCGGCGGUGAGGCCCGGAGACCGCGUGCUGGCCAUGGGGGAGGACGGGAACCCCACCUUCAGCGACGUGCUCAUCUUCCUGGACCGGGAGCCGGCCCAGCCCAGGGCCUUCCAGGUCAUCGAGACCCAGGACCCCCCGCGCCGCUUGGCGCUCACGCCCGCCCACCUGCUCUUCACUGCCGACAACCACACGGAGCCCGCGGCCCACUUCCAGGCCACCUUCGCCAGCCAGGUGCAGCCGGGCCAGUACGUGCUGGUGGCCGGGGUGCCAGGCCUCCAGCCGGCACGAGUAGCCGCCGUCUCCACCCACGUGGCCCUGGGGGCCUACGCCCCACUCACCAGGCACGGGACGCUGGUGGUGGAGGACGUGGUGGCCUCCUGCUUCGCGGCGGUGGCCGACCACCGCCUGGCCCAGCUGGCCUUCUGGCCCCUGCGGCUGCUGCCUAACUUGGUGUGGGGCAGCUGGACCCCGGGGGAAGGCGUUCACUGGUACCCCCAGCUGCUCUACCGCCUGGGACGCCUGUUGUUGGAGGACAGCAGCUUCCACGCCCUGGGCAUGGCCGGGCCGGGCAGCUGAACAGGGUGGGGGUCCCUCCACUGCACUCCUGGAACCGACCCAGCGGGCUGGCCUCGGCCUCCCCGCCAGAGGGCGCUGAUCCCGGAAGGGACCCGAGCGGAUUCACUGGCCGCCACCGUCGCCUCCACCCCAGAGCUCCACGGUUGAGACUUGACCAGGCCCCAUGCCAGUGUCCCCCAUCGGCCUCCUGGUGUGGCGAAGGACCCAGGAGGUGAGCCUGAGAGGGGGCUCGCUCCUGGCCCAGACACAUGGAGGCUGGCCCGGCCGGCCUGACCCAGCCAGCGCACGCCCAGACUCUUCAGCCCCCCACCCCCCCACCGGGCCACCUUCUGGGGAAGGAUCCAGCCCGUGUCUCGGCGCCCCUGUAGGUGGGCUCGCACCUCCUCGGUUGAUGCUGCUAGAUUCCCUGGGGGCCAGCAGGGAGCUGGCCGGACUCACGCUGUCCCGGACUGAGAAAGCCUCACAGCGGGACGCAGUCCUGCCGGCUGGGAGGUGGGGGGGGGGGUGUCUCCUCCCCCUGCCACCCGGAACGCAUCCGGGCACGGCUGCUUCGGUUUCCGUGGCCAGAGGCCCGUGUUCUAGCCAAUGUGAUCGUUGUGGCCGGGGUCAGGACCAGGCCGGAUGGCCAUUCCCACCCCUGCCCAGGGUCAGCGCCCCUUUCUGCUGAAUCAUGACCCCAGCCCCCUCCUCCAGGCAAUUACCCCCACCUUAUUUAUUGGCUCGGAGAGGGGGAACCUCUGAGAGAAUUUCGGGGGACGUUUUGGUCUUUUCUUCCUUUUGUAAUAAAAAAUUAUUUAAGUUGUUAGA